AUGGCUCAUAACAAUGGCAAGCUCUGGGAUCAAUCUUCAUCUCAGCAGGGAUUGCUCGGCUACUGGGGAAGACCGACGAGCCAUGUGAACUUCUGCGAAGAGGAUUAUCUCUGGACUCACUACAUUGCCGAAUUCAUCAACACCUUGACUAGCUUGGCAUAUGUCGCAUAUGGUAUUCAUGGGAUUCGCCGGGCGAAAAGACACGAUAUUGGUGUCGUGUCAAUUACGAAUUCGUCCUACUUCGCCCUGAUCGGAGUUGGCCUCUUUUCUGGCUUGUAUCACACAACCUUGAAAUAUCACACUCAAAUGUCCGACGAGCUGUCAAUGCAUGUAGCCAUUGCUACAGUUCUUUUGCAAGUUUACACAUUUCGAGAACCGCUGGCCAUCCAACGUCGCAACACGGCGAUCAUCCUUGGCAUCAUAAUCCCGUUUGUCAUUUAUCAUUGUCUCACAGAUGAGUUCAUCCUGCACGUGGUGCUUUUCUUUGGCAUGUCCAUCACGGUAGCCAGAAGAAUACGGCAGAUUAUUGGUCUCCGGAUCAAAGAACAGAUUCAAAGAGACAAGUUGAGGUCUUUGGUCACAUUCGCUACGGCUUCGUCGCUCCUCGCGUUUGUGAUCUGGAAUGUUGACAACCUCUUCUGUCCAACCUUGACACGAUGGAAGCAUCAGAUUGGUUGGCCAUGGGCUAUAUUACUUGAAGGACAUGGGUAUUGGCAUUUGCUGACUGCGAUGGGGGCCUAUACGUUUAUGGCUCUUGUAGAAUUUUUGACCAGCCCAGAAGGAAGUCCAGAACUGGGGUUUGCAUGGCCAGCGAAAGCCACACUGGCCGAUAUUUUUCCAAAGACAGCAGCAAUGGGGCACGCAAAGAGCUCAUAAGGUGUGGAAACGAUGCCUCCUACAAGACGGAUCAUAUCUGGGUACAUGCUUAAAGGUACACAUAGAAGACGGCAUAUGCUAGACGACGGGAGUCUGUGAGCUGACCUGCAAGCCGUAAGCAUUGAUACUUGCACAUACACAAUAGAUUACGCUCGGUGGGUUAGACUACCGUCCGACUCU